UGAAAGACUCCUGUUUCCUGUUGUGGACACAAGACAACAGGCAUUCGCUAGCUAUACACUUGAAAUUAUAGUUUGUCGUGGAAAAUACGACGAAUUAUACAGUCCCAAGAUAUAGAGAGGAACACAAAAUAUGGACUGUGAAGAGAAGACAUAUGGGGGCUGUGAAGGGCCAGAUGCCAUGUAUGUGAAAUUAAUCUCUUCUGAUGGCCAUGAGUUCAUUGUGAAGAGAGAACAUGCGCUGACAUCUGGAACAAUUAAAGCAAUGCUGAGUGGCCCUGGCCAGUUUGCUGAAAAUGAAACCAAUGAAGUUAAUUUCAGAGAGAUACCCUCCCAUGUUCUCUCUAAAGUCUGCAUGUAUUUCACAUACAAAGUACGGUACACAAACAGCUCCACAGAAAUCCCAGAAUUCCCCAUUGCUCCAGAGAUAGCCCUGGAACUUCUGAUGGCAGCGAACUUCUUGGAUUGUUAAACAUGUGCAUGCUCUUACAUAUGUAGAAAACACACAAUCUCAGAAAUGUAUUUAUUUGGUUUCCCCACAAUAUGGAAUAUUUGUGAGCAAAGUAGGUGAAGAAACAUUAAAAUGAGUGACGGCAGUGUUUUCCUAUGUUACUUUUUAAAAAAUCAUAGUUAUCAGUACAUGUCAAAAUUGGAUCCAUUUUCUUUCUAUAUAGCCGAAUUAAUAAAAUAUGCUUGCAAAAUAUGCUUACAGAAAUUAAUAACAAUGCCAUGAUCUCUUCAUGUGCUCAAUGUGAUAACUUCAUUUGAACAUUUUUGCCACAUAAAAAUUACACGAAAAAAUA